AUGUCCCGCAUCUUCUGGCUAGCUUUGGCCCUGGCACUCCUGGCCAGUCUCUUGAAGACCCAGCUCGUACAGCUCCUGGUGACAUCGCAGUCCCUGUGUCCGGAGGACGUUCGCUCCAUGCUCGAUCUGCACGUGUCCGGGAUACUGGCACUGGCGGAUCAUGCACCAACUGCUGCACAGCUGGCAGACGAUGUUUUGUCGGUUCAGGUCGCAUUUGCGCGUGUGAAGUCCCUGGAAUCCCCGUCUCUGAACGCGACGGGGGACAUAGAGGGAGAUCUACACGCUCUUCGUCAGCAGCUUGUACGAUUAUACAAACGUAUCGCGCUGACCUACCAUCGGUUCGUCGUCACGUUCCUGAAGUCUUUCUCGUCACUAACACCCCCCAGCGCCAGGGUUGCUGAGCAUAUGCUGUCCUACGGUGUCACAGAGUACGCCAAAUCAGUCGCAACGUCGUCUCUGCCACUUGCCAUCGGACCACGCCCCCCCGCACCCCUCUAUGAAUUGUUCAGCUCCGAGUUUCAUCGUUACCAAGAUGGCAUGAUGCUCAUGAACGAGAGCAACAGCGCCCUGGAGGGCAGCCUCCAACGUCUCCAGAUCCUCACGACGUUGUUGCGCGGACCUCAUCUGGCUGCCGAGUUGGAGGCGCCCAAGGUGCUUCGCAAGACGUUCGACGACUACUUCGACUCUCUUCAUGUCACCUUGGCCGAGAGCGAGCGCUCUGCUCUGUCCUCUUGGCCUGGCCUGCGUCUCAACUGUUCCCUUCUGCAGGACAAGGUGCAUACCGCCAUUGAAGAGCAUUUACGUGCGAUGGCGGACAUUCGGCGACAAGUUCUGGGUGUUGGCAGAGCGAGGUGUUCGCCGCUGCCCGGUGACGAAGACUCCCUAUUUCAAGCAAGUGAUCUAGUUCCGCUCAUACAAAGGACUCUGGUCUUGUUCGAUCGGGACCUCUGA